AUGAGAGUGUCUGGACUCGUCCCUCUCACCGUCAUCAAGGGCGCUGGCUCUGAGUUCAUCCCUCUGCCUGCCGGUCAAAACGCCACCGUCGCAGACUUCCACUCCAUCCGCACCAAUACCAAGGACACCCCCAGCUACUUCACCUCAGGGUUCUACAAGAUCGAGGCAGGCCCCUCUCGACCGGCUCACUACGACUUUGAAGAGACCAAGUACAUCCUGCAGGGCCAAAUUGACAUCCUUGAUGAGGCUACUGGACUCACCCACCAUCUCGUCCCCGGAGAUUUCGCCUUCUUCCAUGUCGGAACCAAGGUCCAGUUCUCCACCAAGUCUUCUGGCUUUGCUUUUUACGCCGUCACCCGCCCCGUCAAGGCAGCUCACCCUAACCUCCAAGGCCGCGAGGAGGCUGCUAAUUAA